AUGUCAGAUUCUGGAGUCAAUCCACACUUGGAGGGAAUCAUUUCGGACUUUGAAGCUCUGAAGAGGUCCUUCGAAGUGGAAGAUGUUGACACAUCAGCUCACUCGUCACCUGGUUCUCGACGCACAACCAGCUCUCCCCACCGCAACGCCAUGUCCCCCACCAGCAUCUAUUACCGUGACCUGGGUACCGGAGCCACGGUUACAAACAACAACAACCUCAACUACACCCAACCUCGCUCCAUCAUGGGGGGAGGAGGCUCCAAAACUCCCGAGCCUGUGUCACGUCGCUCAGAACUAUCCAUUGAUAUCUCUUCGUCAUCUAACAAGCAAUUGGAUGCUACAAGCCCUGCGUCCGUGCGCUUUGCAACCAACAGCGCCCUGAAGCGCCCUGAGGUUCUCGGCCACUCCAAGACUCCAGAAAUGAGCCACAAGAGGGAGGUCACUUUUGCCAAGACAGACUCCCCGGGAACACGCCGUAAUGAAGGCAGCAGUAACACCAACGGCACCACUCGCAUUGCAGAACAAAGUCACACCCGCAGGUUUGAGCCUCCCAGUCCUGGGGACAUUCGCAAACCUGAAAUUAGCAUCACGAGAGCGCCAGUAGAGAACAAUGGCCACCACCCAGCAGUGCACCACCCACACCAUCCUAAUCCACACCACAACACCAUCGUCACUACCUUCCGAUGCUCCUCACCAAACCACGCUGGACGGAAAUCUCCCAACCCUGACCGGUCAGAAAUCAGUCUGAGCCACAGCAACAUGUCCGACUACACCAAGCCACACCACCCAAACCCGCCGCAUGGCAAAGGGGACAAGGCCCACCACGGCAGCGACUUUAGCUAUGUUGGCAUCGACGCCAUCCUGGAACAGAUGAGGAGAAAGGCCAUGAAGCAAGGCUUUGAACUCAACAUCAUGGUUGUGGGACAAAGUGGCUUGGGCAAGUCUACUCUGAUGAACACGCUGUUUAAAUCAAAGGUGAGCCGUAAGUCAGUUGAGCCUAAAGCGGAAGACAGGAUCCCAAAAACGGUGGAGAUCAAGUCCAUCAGUCACGAUAUUGAAGAGAAAGGUGUAAGGAUGAAGCUGACGGUCAUCGACACGCCAGGCUUCGGGGAUCAGAUCAACAAUGAGAACUGCUGGCAGCCCAUCAUGAAGUUUAUCAAUGACCAGUAUGAAGCCUACCUUCAAGAAGAGAUCAACAUUGACAGGAAGAAGAGGAUCCCAGAUUCGAGGGUGCACUGCUGCAUAUACUUUAUCCCGCCAACUGGCCACUGUCUGAGGCCACUGGAUGUGGAGUUCAUGAAGCGUCUGAGCAAGGUGGUGAACAUCGUGCCCGUCAUCGCCAAGGCAGACACGCUCACGCUGGAGGAGCGGGACUACUUCAAGCAAACGAUAAGGGAAGGGCUGCGGGCCAACGACAUCGACGUCUAUCCUCAGAAAGAGUUUGACGAGGAUGCAGAGGACAGGAUGAUUAAUGACAAGAUCAGGGAAAUGAUCCCCUUUGCUGUGGUGGGCAGUGAUCAGGAGUAUCAGGAGAACGGCAAGAGGAUUCUGGGAAGGAGAACAAAAUGGGGCACCAUAGAGGUGGAGAACAUUGCGCACUGUGAGUUUGCUUACCUGCGAGACCUCCUGAUCAGGACACACAUGCAGAACAUCAAGGACAUCACUGGAAGCAUCCAUUAUGAGACGUACCGCGUGCGGAGGCUAAACGAGUCCAACGGUCACUUCAGCCCACACCCGCCCGAGCGUCCUCCCGCUCAGCUGAAGGCCAACGGUCAGCCCGAGCUGCUACCGGCCGGGGCCAUGCAAGCCAAUGGGGUGUCUAUCCAACAUCAAGUUCUGACCCACGAGAUGUAG